GGGUCUGGGGGCGGGAGGCAGGAGCAGCUGUCAGGCCGAAGUCCCGCGAGCACGAAGCGGCGACGGGGUGGCUGUAGGAAGCGCGGCGCCCGACCGGGCCCCGGAGAUGGUCCUCGGCGCUGUGGGCUGGUGUUGUCUCGUGCUCUGGCUCCCCGCGUGCGUCGCGGCCCACGGCUUACGAAUCCAUGAUUAUUUGUACUUCCAAGUGCUGAGUCCUGGAGACAUUCGAUACAUUUUCACAGCUACACCUGCCAAGGACUUUGGUGGUAUCUUUCACACAAGGUAUGAGCAGAUCCACCUUGUCCCCGCGGAACCUGCAGAGGCCUGUGGAGAACUCAGCAACGGUUUCUUCAUCCAGGACCAGAUUGCUCUGGUGGAAAGGGGGGGCUGCUCCUUCCUCUCCAAGACUCGGGUGGUGCAGGAGCACGGUGGGCGGGCGGUGAUCAUCUCUGACAACGCAGUUGACAAUGACAGCUUCUACGUGGAGAUGAUCCAGGACAGUACCAAGCGCACGGCUGACAUACCUGCCCUCUUCCUGCUCGGCCGAGAUGGCUACAUGAUCCGCCGCUCCCUGGAACAGCACGGGCUGCCGUGGGCCAUCAUUUCCAUCCCAGUUAAUGUCACCAGCAUCCCCACCUUUGAGCUGCUGCAACCGCCCUGGACCUUCUGGUAGAAGAGUCGGUCCCACCUUCCACCCAUAAAGCAACUCUAGGCUGGGAAGGGGAAACCCAGGAACUCUGCUGUGUGGGACCUGGAGACGGCACUUGCGGACAGGUGGAGCCAGGUAGAGGAAGGAGUGGGCCUGGUCUAGGCUAAGGGGAGCCACACCACUGUUUCCCUUCCCUGGGGCCUCCAAGGUUGUCUCAGGCCAUGGGAAGAUGUAAGACCCAUGUCCCAGGGCUUCUUGGCUAGAAUAUGGAACAGGGGCAAAAGGCAGGUGGCCUGAGAACCCCAUGACCUGUCACAUCCCACCUGACUCCAGCCUCCCCACCCAGCAUCUCCUCAGUGUCCUUCACAGCAGUUGCUGGAGUGGUUUAAGAGCUGGUGUUUAAGGACUCAAUAAACCCUCACUGACUUUUUAGCAAUAAAGCCUCUCAUCAGGGUUGCAACUGUGUCCUAGAGUAAGAGCACACAAGUGGGGGGAGUCUUUGAUCUCUACUGGCCAGAAGCCCUUGUACUGAGGGGAGGAAACUAAGGCCCAGGGAGGACAAAAGACUUGUCCAAGGUCCUUCAGAUUGCCAUCCUGGGUCCCAACACAGCCUUCUGCUUAAGAUCUUAGGAGCCAUAGUCCUCUGGGGCUUUAGAACAUCAGCACAGCAGAGUGGAGGCAGGACCAGGAAUGAGCCCCAACUGGGGAGCUAGAGCCCCCACCUCCUACCAUUACCUGGUCUACCCCAUGUACCCUUCUGCCACGUGCUCUGGCAUUCUGGCAAGUCCUGUUCCACCAAGCAUUCCUUCAGAGGCCUGUCACCACUCACACUUUAUUGAGAACAGUGGGCAGGCAGGGGUGGGAGGGGAUGCCAGCUGCUGUGAAGGAGGAAGAACCCCACAGGCCAGAGAGGCAGGCUCCACCUGGCUCAUAAUCCAGGGAAGGGCCUGUGGACAGCCAUCUGCCUUCCUGGGAUCCCUUAGCAGGGGGACGUGAAGACCCCUUAGGGAAGGUAGGCAGAAUUCUGAAAACUGCAAGUGAAGGGUUAUAAUUCUCAUAGCACCCAACCCAAGAAUGAGGGGUACUGCUAAUCUGGGGAUGGGGGCACAGUCCAGGCUAAUCUGAGUAUCUAGCCCAGUUCCUCUAGGUUUCUGGAAGACUUCGGUGUUCCUCUGUGGAGACCCUAAAGAUGGAGGGCAGGAGAGCCCCUCACUGAUUCAUGUUCUAUGGGUCCCAGGGAUAACUAGAGCAUCGUAACUUAAGGAGCACAGGCCUGCCAUCCCCAGGUCUCAGCCAUGCUGCUGGAGUCCUCAGUGGGAAGAGGGUGUGAGGGCUGGCUGAUGAUCCCCCACAUACCCCUCCUGAGGGACGCAGAGGCCUUUUCCAUUCCAUGGGGCCCGCCCCUGUGCCAGGGCUGAGAGGCAAGGCACAAGAUACAGAGAUUCUGGAGCUUGGGGAAGGGGUUAAUCUCCACUCCCUGAGAUGUCCAAGUGGCGGGAGUGGGGAGGUGGGGAGAGGGAAUUCUCCCUGCCCAG